AAAAAAGAUUAUUGGUCGCAGCUGGCGUGGAGCGAGCUCGCGGGCCGGGAGCCUGAAGCUAGAGAGCCUCUUGGCCCCCCGGCGGCUGUACGCGUCGGCCCAGCGGCCGUCACCAGGCCACAAAAUGAAUAUAUUGAGUUACACCGGAAGCGCUAUGGCUAUAGUUUGGAUUACCAUGAGAAAAAGAGAAAGAAAGAAGGUCAAGAGGCUCAUGAAUGUUCAAAAAAAGCAAAAAAGAUGAUUGGUCUGAAAGCUAAGCUCUACCAUAAACCACGGCAUGCUGAGAAAAUACAAAUGAAAAAGACUAUCAAGAUGCAUGAAAAGAGAAACACCAAACCAAAGAAUGAUGAAAAGACUCCACAGAGAGCAGUACCUGCAUAUCUACUGGACAGGGAGGGGCAGUCCCGAGCUAAAGUACUUUCCAGUAUGAUUACACAAAAGCGAAAAGAGAAAGCGGGUAAGUGGGAAGUUCCUUUACCCAAAGUUCGUGCUCAGGGAGAAACAGAAGUAUUAAAAGUCAUUCGAACAGGAAAGAGAAAAAAAGAAAGCAUGGAAGAGGAUGGUCACUAAAGUCUGCUUUGUUGGAGACAGCUUUACAAGAAAACCACCUAAACAGGAAAGAUUCAUUAGGCCAAUGGGCUUACGUUUCAAAAAGGCCCAUGUAACACAUCCUGAAUUGAAAGCCACCUUUUGCUUGCCAAUACUCGGUGUAAAA